AUGACCAGCCAGUCCCAGGGAAUCCACCAGCUCCUUCAGGCAGAGAAAAGGGCCAAGGACAAGUUAGAGGAAGCCAAGAAGAGAAAGGGGAAGAGACUGAAGCAAGCUAAGGAGGAGGCGAUGGCUGAAGUGGACCAAUACAGAAUGCAGAGAGACCAGGAGUUUCGACUUAAACAGUCUAAGAUAAUGGGUUCUCAGAGUAAUGUCUCCUACGAAAUUGAAGAACAAACACAGGGAAAGCUUCAGGAACUUCAUGGGAGCUACAACAAGUGUAUGGAGGAUGUGAUUAAACAGCUCUUGAUGAUGGUCUGCGACAUAAACCCAGAAAUCCACAUGAACUACAGAACCACCAACUGA